AUGGCCUCCAGACUAGAUCGCCUCGUCACCAUCCUGGAGACGGGCAGUACCAGGCUCAUACGCGAUACUGCCGUCAACCAGCUGGCCGACUGGCAAAAACAGCACCCUGAUGAACUGUUUAAUCUGCUCUCCCGCGUUGUUCCCUACCUGCGCCACAAGGACUGGGAAACUAGAUCUACUGCCGCAAAGGCAAUUGGAAAAAUUGUAGACAAUGCGCCUCUCUACGACCCUAAUGAAGACGAUGGCGACCACGUCGCACAAGAUCCCAAAAAGGAAGAGCCCUUUUCCACCGAGAAUGGCCAUGUGAAGAAGGAACAAGACGACGAUAACACCGCCGGUAUCGCCAAGAUUGACUUGAAAGCCGACGAACAGUUCAGCCUCAAUGCCGUCAAUGUCGAAUGCAUUCUCAAGUACGGCCGCGAACUGCUGCGCGGCGGCGUCGAAUACAGCCUGGCCGCGCUAGAUCCCGCCGAUCGUCUUGCGCAUCAGAGAAAGACUCUUCCUGGUCGCCUUGGAUUGCUCGAUCGCAAAGUCGAUGACGAAGAAAUCGCUCCUCCCGAACCCGUCGGCGUCCCCCCCACACCGAUUGAAGGCCCCAGCAAUGGUGGCCUUCCCAGAAGCGACAGCAUCAGCCAACCGGGCGAAGACUCUCAACUGAGCUCGAGACAGCUCAACGUUCUCAAACGGAAGCGAAAGAAGGAGGCAAUAAAAGCAUCCCAGGGAAAAAGUGGUUUCGGCGACCUGUCUCUGCGACGCUCUACCACGGCCAGCUCCGAAGCCAUGGCCGAGGAUAUAACCAUGACCGAUCCGGAUGCGAAAAAGAAUGGCAAGAUGAACGAAUACUUCAACCUUGAUCGCCCCGCCGAAACCGAUGAGGACACCAAGGUCGUCAGCGAAUUCAAGGGUCCGAUGUUGCCCAUCAAAUCCGAAAUCGAGACCGAGGACGAUAUGCACGGUGCCGAGUGGCCCUACGACCGUCUAUGCGAUUUCCUCAAGGUGGAUAUUUUUGAUCCCUCUUGGGAGACCCGUCAUGGAGCCGCAAUGGCUCUGCGAGAGGUUAUCCGAGUUCAUGGCAGCGGCGCCGGCAGAGGCCCCGCCAGUUCUCGAGCCGAAAACGAUGCGAACAACAAGAAAUGGCUUGACGACUUGGCUUGUCGCCUUUGCUUUGUUCUGAUGCUGGAUCGUUUUACAGACUACAGCUCUGACACAUCCGUCGCCCCCAUCAGAGAGACUAUUGGUCAGACCCUUGGAUCUGUGCUCAAGCAUGUUCCCGCCGCAUCUGUCUACGACACGUACCGUAUCUUGCAUCGUAUGGUGCUGCAGGAGAACCUCAAAAUGGAGCGACCCGUGUGGGCCGUCUGCCACGGUGGCAUGGUGGGCCUUCGAUACGUUGUCGCAGUAAGGAAAGACUUGCUGUUGCAGCACAACGACAUGAUUGAUGGCGUGAUUGCCGCCGUCAUGAAGGGACUGGGUGACAUGGACGACGAUGUCCGCGCCGUAAGUGCCGCGACACUAAUACCCAUGGCAAAGGAAUUCGUCAUGAUGCGCCCUGCUGCGCUCGAUGGUCUCACAAAUAUUGUAUGGGAAAGCCUCUCCAAUUUAGGCGAUGAUCUUAGUGCCAGCACGGGACGCAUCAUGGAUCUUCUAGCAACGCUCUGCGGAUUCCCCGAAGUCUUGGAAGCAAUGAAAGCCUCUGCCGAAAAAGAUGAGGAGCGCUCAUUUACCUUGCUUGUCCCUCGUCUUUACCCAUUCUUACGCCAUACCAUCACCUCUGUCCGCAUUGCCGUCCUCAAGGCUCUACUGACAUUUGCCAACCUCGCCGACGAAUCUUCACAGGGCUGGUUGAACGGCAAGAUUCUGCGACUCGUCUUCCAAAACAUCCUGGUCGAGCGAGACAAGGAGACUCUCAAUAUGUCAUUGGAGCUCUGGACUGCCCUAGUACAAACCCUUGCAACGAAGCCAGCCACUCUGGCUGAUGAGUUCGCUCCCAAUAUCGAUGCGCUUAUGGAGCUGACCUUGCACCCGAUUGGUGUCUCUCGAUACCCUAUUCCUAUGAACGCCACACUCUUCCAAAAACCUUCUGGCGGUACGUAUUCCAUGCCUGCCACUGCCCAGAACGCAGCCGGCAGGCUGCCGUCGCCUGAAGUGACCGAUCGUGCCCCUAAACGCCGGCGAAAGUCGGCCAAGACCGAGGAACCCGCACCAGCUCAUGUUGGCCAUGAUGUCGAUGGUCACAUGAUGACUGGCGAUGUUGAUCUUGUUGGCAUGGAUGUACUUAUCCGUUCGAGGACUUCAGCGGCCAAGGCCAUGGGCCUGAUCAUGUCGCAUGUGCCAUCUACCAAGCUGGAUGACUUUGACGCUCUUCUCAUCCCUGGUCUUUCUUCCGCUUUUGCGUCAAGUCAGGUUACUGCUUGUAUUGUCAUCGAUGAGUACUGCAAGCAGACUGAAAAUGACGUCAAGACCCGAUAUACCGACCAUCUACAGCGCAUCGUUGACAAUGACCGGCCGGCCUUCUACCGUGAUCUCGUCAUUUACAUGCAACGUGUUCGCUCACAGUGUCAGCAGCUUCUGUACAUGUUUCGAGAUCAUGGCAAAGUGCCUCCCGGAAAGCUUCCAGUUUUACCCGUCGUUGUACAGGGUGAAGCGGAAGCCGGGCCUAACGCCUUCUCUCUGCUAAUCGCGGAAAAAUGUGUCGGCGAUGAUUUCGACAAGCUCAAGAAGAUCAUGCCGCCUGGCCAGCGCCUCAUUGCAAGCCAGCAGCUCGCAGAAUCCCGAGACGUCGCGCAGACCGCCGUCCAAGAAGCCACAACCCUGAAGGAUGGUCGUGACGUCCGUAUUAAGGCUGCAGCAGCAUGUGCCCUGGUUGCGAUGAAAGUGCUCCCUAAGAAGCCUAGUCCGCUCAUCAAGGGCAUUAUGGAUGCCGUCAAGACGGAAGAAAACCAAAUUCUACAGUCUCGCGCUGCGGACACCAUCGCGAGACUUGUUCAACUGUUCGCUGACAAGGGUCGACGGGGCCCUGCGGACAAAGUUGUUGCAAAUCUUGUCAAAUUCUCAUGCGUUGAAGUGGCUGAGACUCCUGAGUUCCCCGUUCACGCAGAAAAGAAGGACUUCAUUCUGUCAAUGCAAAAGGAAGAAGAUAGAGUCGACCAUGCUGACGUUGCUAAAUGGGCUAAAGAAGUCAAGGCUGCUCGCGUCACACGACGAGGUGCGAAGGAGGCCCUCGAAAUUCUGGCCCGCAUUUACGGUGCGGCUAUUUUUGAGACGGUCCCCAGUCUGCGAAACUACAUGGAGCAGCCUCUUGUGAAGGCCUUCUCUGGUGAGCUCCCAGAGGCUGCAAAGGACCCCGAAGAUGCCUUCGGCCAGGAAAUUGUGGAUGCCUUGUCAGUCAUCCGCACCAUGACACCUACACUGCACAAAGACCUCCAUACCUUUGUUAUAGAGAUGAUGCCAUUCGUCAUCAAAGCGCUACACUCCGAGCUUUCUGUUUUCCGAUACAUGGCGGCCAAGUGCUUGGCCACCAUCUGCAGCGUUAUGACUGUCGAAGGCAUGACGGCGCUGGUUGAGAAGGUUCUCCCCUCCAUAAGCAACCCGCUUGACCUUCACUUUCGACAAGGCGCUAUCGAAGCCAUUUACCAUCUCAUUGCUGUAAUGGGCGACUCUAUCCUGCCCUACGUCAUAUUUCUCAUCGUGCCCGUCCUUGGCCGGAUGAGUGACUCGGAUAAUGAGAUUCGUCUGCUGGCAACUACUUCUUUUGCUACGCUUGUCAAGCUUGUUCCGCUUGAGGCCGGUAUUCCUGACCCGCCCGGGCUUUCUCAAGAGCUUCUCAAAGGGCGUGAUCGUGAGCGCACUUUUAUCGGUCAGCUGUUGGAUCCGAAGAAGGUUGAACCGUUCGCUAUUCCCGUCGCUAUUAAGGCUGAGCUUCGAUCCUACCAGCAAGAUGGUGUCAACUGGCUUCACUUCCUCAACAAAUAUCAUCUUCACGGCAUUCUGUGCGACGACAUGGGUCUGGGUAAAACACUGCAGACACUUUGCAUCGUUGCCAGUGACCAUCACCAGCGCCAGGAAGAAUUCGCUAAGAGCCAAGCUCCAGAUGUUCGCCCCAUGCCGUCUCUCAUCGUCUGCCCGCCUACGUUGUCCGGCCAUUGGCAGCAGGAGAUAAGGACUUACGCGCCAUUCCUCAGUGUCACUGCCUAUGUUGGCCCUCCUGCUGAGCGCAAGCUGCUGAAAAACAAGCUUGGAGACACGGAUAUUGUCAUCACGUCUUACGAUGUCUGUCGCAACGAUUCUGAGUUGCUCGAGAAGCACAGCUGGAACUAUGUUGUUCUUGACGAAGGUCACUUGAUCAAGAACCCCAAGGCUAAGAUUAGCCAAGCCGUGAAGAGACUUGCUAGCAACCACCGUCUCAUCCUCACCGGGACACCGAUCCAGAACAACGUAUUAGAACUCUGGUCGCUGUUCGACUUCUUAAUGCCUGGUUUCCUGGGUACCGAAAAAGUCUUUCUGGAUAGGUUCGCCAAACCCAUCGCAGCUAGUCGGUACAGCAAAGCGUCGUCGAAGGAGCAGGAAGCUGGCGCGCUUGCCAUCGAGGCUUUGCACAAGCAAGUUCUCCCUUUCCUUCUGCGUCGUCUGAAGGAGGAGGUCCUGAACGACCUGCCACCCAAAAUUUUGCAGAACUACUACUGUGACCCUAGUGAUCUCCAGAGGAAAUUAUUCGAAGACUUUCACAAGAAACAAGGCAAGCAGCUACAAGCCGAGGCUGGACGAGAGGAUAAAGAAUCGAAGCAGCACAUUUUCCAGGCACUCCAAUACAUGCGCAAGCUUUGCAAUUCGCCUGCAAUGGUGAUGAAACCAGGAGUUCCCAUGUUUGACGAGACGCAAAAGAUUUUGUCGAAGCAGGGCACAGCGAUUGACGACAUUGUGCAUGCACCCAAGCUUGGCGCACUCCGUGACCUGCUAGUCGACUGCGGCAUCGGUGGCGAUGAUGGGGAUACCAAUGAUCCUCUGUAUCAGCCAAUCAAGCCUCAUCGCGCUCUCAUUUUCUGCCAAAUGAAGGAGAUGCUUGACAUGGUUCAGAACAAGGUGCUCAAGGAAAUGCUACCUACUGUAUCGCAUCUGCGCCUGGAUGGGUCUAUCGAAGCCAACAAGCGACAGGACAUUGUCAACAAAUUCAACAGUGAUCCUUCAUACGAUGUCUUGCUUCUGACGACCAGUGUGGGUGGUCUCGGCCUCAACCUGACUGGUGCCGACACGGUCAUUUUUGUCGAGCACGACUGGAACCCUCAAAAGGAUCUGCAAGCCAUGGAUCGCGCGCACAGAAUCGGCCAGAAAAAGGUCGUCAACGUUUACCGCCUCAUCACCAGAGGCACGCUGGAAGAGAAGAUCCUGAACUUGCAGCGUUUCAAGAUUGACGUGGCGUCAACAGUGGUCAAUCAGCAAAACGCAGGUCUAGGAACGAUGGACACGGACCAGAUCCUGGAUCUCUUUAACGUGGGUGACUCGGGACCAAGCCUGCUAUCCGAUAAGCCCCAGAAUAAUUUGGAAGGAAGAGAGGAAGAUAUGGUGGAUAUCGAAACAGGCGAUGUACUGCGACAGCCGGGCAAGAAGGCCUGGCUGGAUGACCUAGAGGAGCUCUGGGAUGAUAAGCAAUACGAGGAGAGCUUUGACCUGGACGGAUUUAUGAAGUCAAUGUCAUGA